AUGAGUCUCAACACCGCAGCACACUUUACAUCCGCCCUCCCACUCACCACAGCCACCACCACAACCCGAGGCAGCGGCGCCGGCGGUGGCGGCGCACAUCAUCUCCCCCAAGCAAUAGCCCACCGCGGCUUCAGAGCCCAGUACCCCGAAAACACCCUCCUCGCCUUCCGCGCCGCGCUCGACGAAGCCGGGGCGCACGCCCUCGAGACGGACCUGCACCUCUCGCGCGACGGCGUCGUCGUGCUCUCCCACGACGGGAACCUGAAGCGGUGUUUCGGGAUCGAGGACAAGAAGAUCAACGAGUGCGAUUGGAGUUAUCUCAAGACGCUCGAGACGACCGACGAUCCCCCAGCAGAACUCCUCGGCCGCGUAGCUGACGUCCUGGCCUCCACGCCGGGCCCCAUGCCGUGGAACGAGAGGAUAGUAUUCGGAUGCUGGAACCAACCCUACAUCACCCACGUCCGCACAAUCUUACCCGCCUACCCAAUCUCCCUCAUCUCCUGGUCCCCGCUCUACGCCCGCAACUUCCUCACGCCGAAACAGCCGAACCUCUCCUUCAACAUGUUCCAAAAGUCCCUCGUCGGGCCCGUCGGCAAACUGUUCAUCAGAGACGUGAAGAAGAACCAUCGGCAGCUGUUCGUCUGGACGGUCAAUGACGAGGAGUGGAUGGAGUGGAGUAUCCGCGCCGGAGCGGACGGGGUGAUUACGGAUGAUCCAGAGUUGUUUCGGGAGGUGUGUAAGCGGUGGGAGGGGGCAUCUACGUCUACAUCCACGUCGACUUCGGUUCCAUCGGGAGAGCGAGAGGUAGACGCAGACGAAAAGGCGAGGGCGGCUAGGCGGAAGGGCCGGGUGCGCGACGGGACGUGGAAGAGGACGGCGAGGUUGUACCUCGAGGUCGCGGGGAUACAGGUCCUCGUGGCGGUGUUCACGCCCAUUCUGAUGCUCGUUGCGCGGUUUGGGGUUGUGGGGCCCGGGCCCAAGGCCGCCAAGGCGUUGAAGCUGUGA